AUGGCUACGGAGGUGAAAACCCAGUUGGCUGAGCAUCCACUAGCAAGGGCUGCCAGAAGUUUGGCUUGGGGAGAGGCCCCUCCUGGGGCCAGCCUUCUGUUCCUGAGGGAUGUAUAUAAGGGAUCUUUGGAGCUUCCUAGAGGUGUGGUGACUAGUUCAAAGGCAGAGCCUGAGCCUGAGAAGAAGCUGGAGCAUCAGCCUAGGAGCCACAGGGAUGUUGGGGCCCAAAAGGAGCCUGUAGUCCCAGGCAUUGUGGAUUUCGAGCUGGUCCAAGAGGAGUUGAAGAUCUCUAAGCCUCAAACGCCCAGAGUCUACCGCUUUGGCCGUCUCAGCCACCAUUCCUUCUUCUCUCGGCACCACCCCCAACCCCAGCUUGUGACCCACAUCCCAGAUGUUACCGGGAAGCGUGUCUGUGUGAUCAGAGACGAGUUCUCCCUGGCGACCUUGCCUCAGUCCACAUACUGUCUGAUGGGGAUACCCACCAUCUCUACCCCCAUUGGGGACCCAAAGUCCAAUCGGAACCCCCAGCUUUCUUCUUCUGACACCUGGAAGAAGAAGUUGAGGGAUCUGGCUGCCCGAGUGGCUAUCUUCACUAAUGAGAAUGAAGUGAAGACCAACGAGCAGAAAGAGGAGCCUCCUCUGAGGGAGCAGGGAGCCAAGUACUCAGCUGAGACUGGUAGGCUCAUCCCUGCAUCCAGUCAAGCCCUCAACCGGCGCAGCCUCCAGAGCCAGCGGGGCCACCCUUCUGGCAGAGAUGGAGGAGGCCAAACCUCCCUGAUGCAGGACCAGGAGCUGCUGAUUCUGGAGCUCCUUUGUCAGAUUCUGCAAACGGAUUCUCUGAGGGCUAUCCAGUUCUGGCUACUCUACGCUCCACCAAAGGAGAAAGAUCUGGCACUGGGACUUCUGCAGACAGCAGCGGCUCAGCUCCUCCCCAAGUCCCUGUCUUCCAUUCCAGCAGAGAAGCUUCUGAACCAGCUUCAAGAACUUCAAGAGACUCCUCAAGAGAUGCAGCAAGCACCCUACAGUCCAUCCCUGAAGAAGAUGAGGACACCACCUUUAUCCAAAGUCGAAAAACCCAAGAGCAUGGGCAAAGUCCAAGUCCUCCACGUGCAUCCCAGUGAGGACUCAGAAGAUAAACCAACUCAGAAGUCAAAGACUGAGGGUUGAAGAGCCCACCGCAGAGCUAGAAGACUUCUACCAAGCUCAGAGGCAGCUUCUGAGCUCCAGAGGCAGGCUCCUGCCCUGCCACCUCAACACCACCCUGGUCUCUCACCACACUACUAAAUAAAAGCCUGUCUUCCCUGAAUGAAAGCACUUCUACCCUCCAGCAGGGGCACCUCGAUGCUUAGAUGGUUUGUUCUAGAAGAGACAAGCACAGGGUUCUAUCAUAUCCCAGCCAGGGAUACCGCCUAUGUCAGGGAACCCUCAGACUCCUUCACACAAUAUUACCCAGUACUAAGUUUCUUCCAUAUGUCAAGCCCUGGAACAGCAACAUGUGAAUUGUUCUGUUACUUAUAUGUAGUUCUAUAUCUCCCACUCCUGAAAACCCAAUGGGGCCUAAUAUGAUUACCACAGUGCUAUUUUGUA